UAACCCCGGGUGGCGCCGGGCGCCUGGAGGGCCCUGGGUCCGCCUCCGCCGCGCCGAGGGCGUGGGCUCCGGGCUCCCGGAAGCGGCGGCCGCGGCGUGGAGCCCAGCGGGCCGUCGGUCGCCGGAGCGGCAAUGUGCGGCAGCCGGGGGCUGUGAGCUAAGCGCGGCGGCGCGGCCGGGGGCCCCUGAAUGGCGGCUCGCUGAGGCGGUGGCGCGGCGCAGCGCGGCGCGGGCUCCUCCCGGCGUGGGGUGGCGGGGCCGGGGUGAUGCUGCUUAAGCUCCUGCAGAGACAGACCUAUACCUGCCUAUCCCACAGGUAUGGGCUCUACGUCUGCUUCGUGGGCAUCGUCGUCACAAUCGUCUCGGCUUUCCAGUUCGGAGAGGUGGUUCUGGAAUGGAGCCGCGAUCAAUACCAUGUUUUGUUUGAUUCCUACAGAGACAACAUUGCUGGGAAAUCCUUUCAGAAUCGGCUCUGUCUGCCCAUGCCAAUCGACGUGGUUUACACCUGGGUGAAUGGCACUGACCUUGAACUGCUAAAGGAGCUACAGCAGGUCCGGGAGCACAUGGAGGAAGAACAGAAAGCCAUGCGGGAAGUCCUCGGGAAGAACACAACCGAACCGACCAAGAAGAGUGAGAAGCAGCUGGAGUGUCUGCUGACGCACUGCAUUAAGGUGCCCAUGCUUGUUCUGGACCCACCCCUGCCAGCCAACUGCACCCUCAAGGACCUGCCAGCUCUUUAUCCAUCUUUCCACGCUGCCAGCGACAUGUUCAAUGUUGCAAAACCAAAAAAUCCUUCUACUAAUGUCUCAGUUGUCGUUUUUGACACUACUAAGGACGUUGAAGACGCCCAGGCUGGACCAUUUAAGGGAAGCAGCAAGCAGGCAGUUUGGAGAGCUUACUUGACAACAGACAAAGAAGUCCCAGGCUUAGUGCUGAUGCAAGACCUGGCCUUCCUGAGUGGAUUCCCACCGACAUUCAAGGAGACAAGUCAACUGAAGACAAAACUGCCAGAAAAUCUUUCUUCUAAAAUAAAGCUGUUGCGGUUAUAUUCAGAGGCCAGUGUUGCUCUUCUGAAAUUGAAUAACCCCAAGGGUUUCCAAGAGCUGAACAAGCAGACCAAGAAGAACAUGACCAUCAAUGGGAAGGAACUGACCAUCAGCCCUGCAUAUCUGCUGUGGGACCUGAGUGCCAUCAGUCAGUCCAAGCAGGAUGAGGAUGUGUCUGCCAGCCGUUUUGAAGAUAACGAGGAGCUGAGGUACUCACUGAGAUCUAUCGAGAGACACGCGCCAUGGGUACGGAAUAUUUUCAUUGUCACCAAUGGGCAGAUUCCGUCCUGGCUGAACCUUGACAACCCUCGAGUGACCAUAGUGACCCACCAGGACAUUUUCCAAAAUCUGAGCCACUUGCCUACUUUCAGUUCCCCUGCUAUUGAAAGUCACAUUCAUCGCAUCGAAGGGCUGUCCCAGAAGUUUAUUUAUCUAAAUGACGAUGUCAUGUUUGGUAAGGAUGUUUGGCCUGAUGAUUUUUACAGCCACUCCAAAGGUCAAAAGGUUUAUUUGACAUGGCCUGUACCAAACUGUGCGGAGGGCUGCCCAGGCUCCUGGAUUAAAGACGGCUAUUGUGACAAAGCCUGUAAUAACUCAGCCUGUGACUGGGACGGUGGAGACUGCUCUGGUAAUAGUGCAGGGAGUCGGUAUGUUGCAGGAGGCGGGGGUACCGGGAAUAUUGGAGUCGGACAGCACUGGCAGUUUGGUGGAGGAAUAAACACUGUCUCUUACUGUAACCAAGGAUGUGCAAACUCCUGGCUCGCUGAUAAGUUCUGUGACCAAGCCUGCAACGUCUUGUCCUGCGGGUUUGAUGCGGGUGACUGUGGACAAGAUCAUUUUCAUGAAUUGUAUAAAGUAACACUUCUCCCAAACCAGACUCACUAUGUUGUCCCCAAAGGUGAAUACCUGUCUUAUUUCAGCUUUGCAAACAUAGCCAGAAGAGGAGUUGAAGGGACCUACAGCGACAACCCGAUCAUCCGUCACGCAUCCAUUGCAAACAAGUGGAAAACCAUACACCUCAUAAUGCAUAGUGGAAUGAACGCAACCACGAUAUAUUUUAAUCUCACACUUCAAAACUCAAAUAACGAAGAGUUCAAGAUCCAGAUAACAGUAGAGGUGGACACGAGGGAGGUACCUAAACUGAAUUCUACAACCCAGAAGGUCUAUGAAAAUCUGGUUAGCCCAGUGACACCUCUUCCUCAGGCUGAUGUCCCUUUUGAGGAUGUUCCCGAAGAGAAACGCUUCCCCAAGGUCAGGAGACAUGAUGUAAAUGCAACAGGGAGAUUCCAAGGGGAGGUGAAAAUUCCCCAGGUAAAUAUUUCACUCCUUCCCAAAGAGGCCCAGGUGAGGCUUAGCAACUUGGAUUUGCAACUGGAACAUGGAGACAUCACUCUGAAAGGAUACAACUUGUCCAAGUCAGCCCUGCUGAGGUCUUUCCUGGGGAAUUCACUGGAUACUAAAGUAAAACCUCAAGUUAGGACCGAUGAGACAAAAGACAACCUGGAGGCACCACAGGGAAACCCCUCUCACCAACGUCCACAUAGCUUUGCUGCUGAACACAGAUCAGAGAGAUGGAUGACCCCAUCAGAGACAGUGACUGUGAAUGGCCAUGAUCACGCUUUGAAUCCACCCCCGGUCUUGGAGACUAAUGCAAGAUUGGCCCAACCUACACUAGGCAUGACUGUAUCCAAAGAGAACCUCUUACCACUGAUCGUUCCCCCAGAAAGCCGUAUGCCAGAAGAAGAGAGAGACAGGGCAGAGGGCAAUGCUGAUAGCCACGUACCUGUAAAUGAAUUGGUGCCUAGCAGAAGGUUGCAGCAGCAUGCACAGAGUUACCCAGGCUUUUUGCCCUGGGAGAAAAAAAAGUAUUUCCAAGACCUUCUUGAUGAGGAAGAGUCAUUGAAGACACAGAUGGCGUACUUUACUGAUAGCAAACAUACAGGAAGGCAACUAAAAGACACGUUCGCAGACUCCCUCCGAUACGUCAAUAAAAUUCUCAAUAGCAAGUUUGGAUUCACAUCCAGGAAAGUCCCUGCACACAUGCCUCACAUGAUUGACAGGAUUGUUAUGCAAGAACUACAAGAUAUGUUCCCUGAAGAAUUUGACAAGACUUCAUUUCACAAGGUGCGUCACUCUGAGGACAUGCAGUUUGCCUUCUCCUAUUUUUAUUACCUCAUGAGUGCAGUUCAGCCCCUGAAUAUUUCUCAAGUCUUUGAUGAAGUAGAUACAGACCAGUCCGGUGUCUUGUCUGAUAGGGAAAUCCGAACACUGGCCACGAGAAUUCACGAUCUACCUUUAAGCUUGCAGGAUUUGACAGGUUUGGAACACAUGUUAAUAAAUUGCUCAAAAAUGCUCCCUGCUAAUAUCACCCAACUGAACAACAUCCCACCAACUCAGGAAGCAUACUAUGACCCCAAUCUGCCUCCAGUCACUAAGAGUCUUGUCACCAACUGUAAACCGGUAACUGACAAGAUCCACAAAGCGUAUAAAGACAAGAACAAAUACAGGUUUGAAAUCAUGGGAGAAGAAGAAAUUGCUUUCAAGAUGAUACGUACCAAUGUUUCUCAUGUGGUUGGCCAGUUGGAUGACAUCAGAAAAAACCCCAGGAAGUUUGUUUGUCUGAAUGACAACAUUGACCACAAUCAUAAAGAUGCCCAGACAGUGAAGGCUGUCCUCAGGGACUUCUAUGAGUCCAUGUUUCCCAUACCAUCCCAGUUUGAGCUACCAAGAGAAUAUCGGAACCGUUUUCUUCACAUGCAUGAGCUACAGGAAUGGAGGGCAUAUCGAGACAAGCUGAAGUUUUGGACCCACUGCGUACUAGCAACAUUGAUCAUAUUUACUAUAUUCUCAUUUUUUGCUGAACAGAUCAUUGCUCUAAAGCGGAAGAUAUUUCCCAGGAGGAGGAUACAUAAAGCAGCUAGUCCAGACCGGAUCAGGGUGUAGAAGAUCUUCCUGUGAAUGUCACCUACCUCAGCAUCUGUGAACAUCUCCCUCCUCGACACCGCAGCCAUGUCCCUAUGAUGUGGCACAGAGGCAGCCUCGUGGAGAGAAGGGACAGCGAGCAGACCGGGUGAAGAGACCCCACUGACCUGGAGUUACUCAGCACACUAAGAACUUGUGUCAAUAGCUUGUACAGCUUGUACUUUUAAAGGAUUUGCCGAAGGACCUGUCAGCUUGUUGGUAAACCCUCCCUGACAAGCUGCUGGUUUCUUCCCCCAAUUACUGCAGACUGAGAUGCCAGGCCAUCUUGAAAGCAAGUGCUGAGGGACCCCAGUCUUUGCAUUCCAAAGCCUUCCGGUAUAAUUUCUGGCUCUUCUCCUUUGAUCCAUUUCCCAUUUUUAAAACAAUAAGUGGCUACUGAGUUAGUCAUUCUCACUUCUGAAAAUAACGAAUCAGGAUGUCAAAACGUGUGUAUAGAUCUUAUUUAAAUAAUGUAGAACUAUAACUUCUUUAGCCUAUCUAAAUUAUUGAUUUUUAUUAACAUUCAAGUGGUCUUGAAUCGCUAACAACUACUGAAGAGCUCUGAUGUUGAAAGUGCUUUGAGCUUGCUUAACUCAUUCCCCAAGAAUACUGUGAUCUCGUGUGUGGGCCUGAUUGCAAAGGGCUAGUGUCAAGUAGCUGUGCUGCUCACCGGAUGUAAUCAUGUCGGGGAAAUGUGCAUACAAACAAAAGUGCCUCACUUCAGAAAAGAGCAGUGCUGACGGCACCAGCACGUGACUGUGGUGUCCAGUUGAAAGUCCAUCAUACCUUCCAAUGCCCACUUUAUACUGAGCAGGGGUCACCCAGCCUCUGUAAAAGAACAGUAAAUAACUUGAGACACAUCCAUCUUUGUCAAACAGUCUUCUUUGCUUAAAUUUGUUGUUGUUUUGGGGGAUUUACUUUGCUUUAUUAUUUUGUUGGUUUUCAAGACAGGGAUUCUCUGUGUAGCCCUGGCUGUUUGGUAAUUCACUCUAAAGACCAGGUUGGUCUUGAACUUAGAGAUCCACCUGCCUCUGCUUCCUAAAUGCUGGGGCAUGUGCCAACACUGCCCAGCUGCCCCACCCCCUUUUGUUUUUUUGGUAAACAACUCAGUAAAAAGAUGAAAACCUGUUUUGGUUUGCAGCUAUACAAAAACAGGCGUGACCCCGGGGCCAUUGUUGGUCGACUGGAGAAUCAUUUUUAACAUGUGGGUAAGCAAACCCUGACAUUAGCCAUGCCCUGUUAUAUCAUUAUGCAGUGGUUUUGUGGAGACCUGACUCCAUGAGUCCUUGAAUUCUGGCAGAUAUCUUCAAUCAUGAUCUCAGUGGUAUUCCUCCGAAAUGGCACACAUUUUUGUAAUGAGAACUUGAAAUGUAAAUAUUGUGUUUGUGCUGUAAAUUUUGUGUAUUUCAAAAAUUGAAGUCUCAUAAAAAACACAUUUAUUGAAA